CCAAAAGAAAUUUUCGUAUUUAGUCGAGGUUAUUCAGAACACAGUGUAGCAAACGAUAUAAAAAAAACUUUAGUUGUUGUAUUGGCACCGUGUUCGCCGGGUUUGGAGUUUUAAAUAUGCAUCUGUAAUGUACGAGAAGGACUAGAUCAUUUGUUGUGUGUAACAGCUAUAUCGGUGUGUAUGCUAAUGACUGCACAUCUGUAACCAGUAAACAUCACUUAUACAUAGCAGAGAAAAUCCUGGAGACAACCCAAAUCACAUCCGUGUCUAGGGUUAAAGUAUGCCGAUCUGCGUGUGAUUUCUUGCUUCAAAUCUAACGUUAAUCCGAUUACUAUAAUUUAAAACAGUACUUUACGGUGAAUUAUCAGAACGAUAUGCAUGUAUUGAAUAUAUGUACACGCUGGUAAUAUGCGAGUUUUGCGUGUUGUGUUCACCAAAUUAACGAACUAAAGGUGCUUGUUUCCGUACAGAAGUAUGUCUUGGAUCGUAUCGUUGGUUUUUCUGUGUUAUACGCCUACAAUUGCCGGAAUUAAUACCAUUCAACAGUUCAGAGUGGAUGGAUUCUUUGGAGACAACAGUAUUGGCGCCAUUAACAUGUUCAAGUGGGCGAUGAAAGAAAUGAAUAUGGACAGGAAUCCUGGCGCUCCAACGGCAAACUUUGUUUCACAAUCAGUGGUCCGUGAUGACCCAUUCGAGGCAGGAAGGCAAGUGUGUGGUGCGAUACAAAACGGAAGUCGGAUCAUCUUUGGUCCCUAUGGUAGGGCUUCAGCGCAUCACGUGCAAUCUGUUGGACGUAGUCUUCAGAUUCCAGUUUUACAGGCCCACUGGGAUCCGCGGGACCUGAUGAAAAAUUCUUUCCCAAGAGACAGAAUUCCCUCCCACGUGAACCUGUAUCCUAACUACGCUAAUCUCAGUCAAGGGUACCGGGAAAUCAUCCAACAGUUCCGAUGGACGAACCUCACACUGCUGUAUGAGGACGAUGACGGCUUGAUACGAGCUCAAGAGAUCCUGAAGAUGGACAAGAAAACGGAAGUAUAUCUACGUAAGCUGGAAGACAAUGCAGAAAUGUUGUACACUAUGUUUACCGAAAUGAAGAAUAGGGAAGAAUAUAGAGUCAUUAUAGACUGCAAAACCUCUAGCAUAGUACCAAUACUACAGAAGGCAUUGCAAUGUAAUGCCCUAACAGAAAAUUUUCACUAUUUCCUCACAAACUUGGACAUUCAUAUGGUGGAUCUGGAGCCAUUUAAGUAUACAGGCGCCAACAUAACGGGAGUUAGUUUAAUAGACAUCAACAGCAGGAUAAUUGCGGAAGUGAAGUCCAAACUUACUACGACAUUUCCGGGAUCCAAGGAUCCUUACUCGCCUUUUUAUAAUGCACCACAACGAAUUUCGAUGGAGUUAGCGUUUAUAUACGACAGUGUGCGCUUGUUGAAGGAAGCCCUCAAUGGAACUUUGACCAUUAAAAAACACAUGAACUUUAGUCAGAGUGUGGGAUGUGAUAGGGCCACGCCUUGGGAAGACGGGAGGGAUUUCUACGCCUUUAUCAAAUCAACCACCGUGUUCGAUGGGUUAACCGGCAAGGUUCAGUUUGGUCAGUUUGGAGAAAGAAACAUGUUCAAGCUUAAUAUUUACCAACUCUUCAGGAGUAAUCUAAAACACGUGGGUCACUGGCAGCCUCCUCGGCCUAUAAAUAUGAAGUUUAUCCCAAGAAACGAGACUGGGAGGAAAGGCCCGGCCAAAUAUAAAGUGGUAGUGGUUGUGGUCAAGCCCUAUGUUAUUUACAAAGAUGGUAAAUAUGAGGGGUUUUGUAUUGACAUAAUGGACGCCUUGAAGGAGAGGUUGAAUUUUGAGUACGAAGUGGUCGUUUCCCCCAAUAACACGUAUGGCAACUGUAAGCAAUUGAGCAAUGGAACCGUAUCCUGUGACGGAAUGGUUAAAAUGCUGGUCGACAAGAAAGUAGACAUGGCAAUCACCGGAUUUACUAUAACACACGCCAGGGCUAAAUACAUUGCCUUCACCAAACCUUUUAUGAACCUGGGGAUCACAGUUCUAUUUCGAAAGCCCAAACCCGACCCUCCUGAAUUAAUGUCCUUCCUGGCACCGCUUGACAACACAGUGUGGGCGGGAAUUAUCACGGUUUUUCUCGGGGUUAGCUUGGUGUUGCUAAUCACAGCUCGAUUCACACCCUAUGAGUGGAUAAACCCACACCCCUGUGACCCCACUACAGAGGAAGUGGAAAACCAGUUUGACCCCCUUAGCUCCCUGUGGUAUGUGAUAGCAGCACUUAUGCAGCAAGGUUGUGAGCUGGCCCCCGUGGCAGUGUCCACUCGGACAUUGGCUGCAGUGUGGUGGUUCUUCACUCUCAUCCUCAUCUCCUCCUACACAGCCAAUCUGGCGGCCUUUUUGACCGUGGAGAAUGUCGUGACACCAAUAGAAAGCGCGGAGGAUCUUGCCAAACAAACCAAAAUUAAGUUUGGAACCACCAAAGGAGGGAGUACCAUAGAUUUUUUCAGGAAUUCUAGCAAUCCCAUAUACGUUGAAAUGUACAACAUUAUGGAGAGAGCGAAUCCACCUGUGUGGGCAGAUAUAGAGGAGGGGCAACGUAGGGUUUUGGAAGGAGACUACGCCUAUUUGUCCGAAUCUUCAUCCAUUGAAUACCGUGUAGAACGAAACUGUAGUCUUAUGCAGGUCGGCAACUGGCUGGACUCCAAAGGAUACGGGAUCGGCCUACCAAAAGAUUCAGAAUUAACAGACGUCAUAUCAAUGGAAAUAUUGAAACUCCAGGAAGAACAAAUAAUCCAAAGCUAUUAUGACAAGUGGUGGAAGCAAAAGAAGGAUGUGGAUUGCUCUGGCGGGACAAAACAGGCGACAAAUCCACUAACUAUGCAGAACGUUGGCGGAAUUUUUCUUGUUUUGAUGAUUGGUACAUUCGUUGGGCUGCUGGUGGCCCUUGGAGAAUUCCUAUGGAUAGCGCGGCAAAAUGCACGGACAUACAAUUCCUCAUGGCGAUCAGAAAUCUGCAAAGAAUUUCGAUUUGAGUGUAAGUUUGGACGAUCUUUCCAAAGAUCUGGCUCUGACGUUGCCGAAAAUGGACUUCAAAGCAUCCCCCUUACUAAAAGUUAUGCUAAGGCAAAUGGGGGACAGGAUAUAUCAUAUGACAAAGACACCGAUAACGACAUAACAUGACGUCAUACGAAGAUGAAUAUCAUCAUGUGACAUUCUUCAUCAUAUCAUAUACAACAUCAUUGAUUUCUAUUUAUUUCAAGUGAGAAGUUUUGAAUCCUUCCUAUUUACGUUUUGUGCUUGUGAUAUUUGAGUAGUUUCGCUUUUAAAAAUAUUCUUGA